GAACCUUCAUUAUUUCAAACUCACACUCUGGUUCAGGAAGGACAACAAAUUCAGGAACUUCCUAUGAUUGUGCAAAGAAUUUUUGAUAUUGGUGAUUUUUGUGGAAAUAAAAUUGAAGAUGCUGAUAAAUCGAAGAAAUUUAAAUCUUAGAAAGACAAAGUCAAUCUUCAGGAAUCAAAAAUCAAAGGAAAGAAUCAGUCAAAUUUGGUGGUUAAAAAAGGUUUACCAAAGUCAACUGAGAAUAAAAAAUUUGGCUUUAGCAAAAAUUAUCGAGUUGGAGAACUACCAAUACCAAAAAAAUUUCACAUUUCACGAACGUUCACUCUUGAAAUCAGAGAGUCGAGACUCGGUAUUAAAAAAGUUAAUUGAUAUGAUUGCCAGAAGUAAAGAUAGUGAAGCUAUUGUUGUUGGAUUGAAAAUUGUGAUCAAUGACAGAGUUAGUCCAUCAAGAAGUAUUUACAGAGAUCGACUUCGAAAUGAAAUUUUAAUUAGAGCCAUCGAUGGAGAUUUUAAUAUUGCACAAUUAAUCGACGUUGUUAAAACUCUUUCAGUUUGUCGAGAUCCCACUUAUCAAGAAGCCAUUGAUCUUCUUUGGAUUAGCUUUAAAAUUAGGGAGGAAGAUAUAAGUCCAGAAAAUAUUGUAACGCUCUUCAAAACACUUAAUUUGUUCAAAGAAAGCAAAGUAAUGCUUUCAACAAUUUUGACCAACAAAUUGCGUUUAAUUUAUCCCAAAUUAUCUGGAUCUCAAAUGGCAGAUAUUUUGGACGUUUUUCAUCAAAAUCUUUUUCCUUCCGAAAAUUUAUCCCAAAAUGUGAAAAAUAUAGCAUCUGAGUGGAUGAAAAAUUAUUCCGCUAUUGGAAAAAAUGAAGAUCUUUCAGAAAUUCUUGACAGUUUAAAGAACUUGAAUCAUGUUGAUGAGACUAUGGUUCUAGCUCUGGAAAAUUUAGUCAAAAUCAAGGGGAACAAAAUUGAAGAUGCUAGACUGGUCAGCGCAAUUAUGAAAUAUUGUAUGAAGGUUCGAGUCGAAAAUUCGACUCUUCAGGAAUUCUUAAUUGGUUACUUUAUUUCUAAGGGCAAAGAUCUUCCAGAGUAUUACUUUUCUUCAAUUCUUGCACCGAUUGGUUUCUUCCCAAACUCUUCUCAAAAAACCGCAACCGUUUUUGAAGUGCUCACUGAAAUUUUGAUUUCUAGAUUUUCAAAAUUAGAUUCUCAAAACACUCUCGACAUUCUUCUCACUUACAUUUACGCUGAACAAUAUCCGGAAAAAUUAAUAGAUGAAAAAUUCGAAACGAGGAUGAGACGCGUUUUGAAAAAGAACAACAAAUUGACAAAGUCCAUUCGAAAGAAGUUGCUUAUUUUCGAUUCCGUGAUGGCCCUCGAAUGCGAGAAAUACGGGAAGCGAAAAUUUGGGUGGAUUGAAAAAGAAGAUCAAAAACAAACUCUUCCGGAUUUGAGGAUUCGAAAGAUAAUUAAUAAAAUCAAAGUCCAAUUGUCGAGUCUUGUUGGUGGUCCUGAAAAAAUUGGGGUUGGAAUGAUGUUGGGUGGAUUGCCUCCGAUUGAUUUUUAUAAUGUGGAUAUUAUUGUUUAUCCAACUUCAAUUCGAUCACCAAUAGUGAAUUUAAAAUCGGAGAAGAUAGAAAAUUUGUGUGCAAUUUUAAUUCAUUUGCCGGAACAUCUGUGCUUCGGAACGAAAAAUUUGAUUGGACCACAGAUGAUGAGAAUGAGGAUCCUCAGAAAAUUGGGAUUUCAAAUUGCGAGUUUGGAUUAUGAAAUUCUGUUAGAGAUGAAACAAUAUUCGAUCGAAAUGACGAAUUACUUGGCAAAGCAAAUUUCUGACGCGAAAUGAAAUCGAAGUUUUUAAUU